AUGGCUGAAUAUAGAAGAAGCAUCUACCCUGUCUGCUUCACCUCUCCACCACCAUCUGCAACCAAAGUGUGCACACUUCGAAACAGCUUUCAGCCAGGCUUUGUGAGUAAGGGUGACUUUGUUAUUGGGGGGAUCUUCCCCCUUCACUAUAACCAGGAGAUGCCAGACUUCAACUGCACCUACAGACCACCGCCAGUGAAGUGCAAUGGCUUUGAUCCCAGGGCUUUCCGCUGGGCUCAGACUUUGAGGCUGGCAGUGGAGGAGAUAAAUCAGAGUGCGGAGCUAUUGCCCAAUUACACCAUUGGGUACAAAAUCUUUGAUUCAUGUGCAUAUCCACUGACUGGUCAGAGGGCUGCUGUGGCUAUGUUGAAUGGGCUGAGUGAGGAUGACGCUCCCGUGUGCAGCGGUGCCUCUCCACUCCUCGCUGUGAUUGGGGAAUCUGGUUCUGCUCAGUCUAUCGUGGUGUCAAGAAUCCUGCAGCCAUUCAGAAUCCCUAUGAUCAGCUACUUUUCUUCAUGUGCGUGUCUCACUGACAGAAGACAAUAUCCCACCUUCUUCAGAGUAAUACCUAAUGAUGACUAUCAGGUGAAAGCCAUUGCUCAGCUGCUGCUACGCUUCAACUGGACUUGGGUGGGGCUGGUGCGAGGGGACCAUGAAUAUGGGCGCUUCGCUGUGCAAGGUUUACUGAGGGAAUUACAGGGUACCAAAGUGUGUGUAGCGUACCUAGAAAUUAUCCCUCUGCUCUACAAUCACAAGAGGGCUCUGGAGAUCAUGCAGGUGAUGCGUAGCUCUUCGGCAAAAGUGGUGGUGGUAUUUUCAGCCGAGGGGGAGAUGACACCUUUCUUGAGGGACUAUAUGAAACAGAACAUCACUGGAAUCCAGUGGGUGGCUAGUGAGGCCUGGGUCACAGCAUCUGUCUUUACAGGGAGCGAGUAUUAUCCCUACCUAGGAGGCACCAUCGGGUUUGGAAUCAGAAAAGGUCAUAUCUCCAGACUCAGUGACUAUCUGCAGAAAGUCAACCCUCAGACGUAUCCCAAUAAUGUUCUGUUGCCUCCCUGCUCAGGGCAGGAGUCCCUGUUGAAGCAGCAUUCAGCCUACAUGAACACAUCCAGCCCAAGAGUGGCCUAUAAUGUGUAUAAGGCUGUAUAUGCAAUUGCUCAUUCCUUGCACAACCUUCUUCUCUGUCACCCAGGCAGUGGCCCCUUUCAAAACAACUCAUGUGCUCAAAGCAACACCAUACACCCCUGGCAGCUCCAGCAUUAUAUCCAGGAAGUGACAUUCAACAUUGCCGGGGAGGAGGUGAACUUUGACCUGAAGGGUGACUCCAUACCCUAUUAUGAUAUCCUCAACUGGCAGAGAGGCACAGGCGGGAACAUUGAAUUUGUCACCGUGGGGUUGUUUGAUGGAACCAAGCCUGGCGGAGAGGAGCUGGUGAUCCAGGAGGACAGGAUAAUGUGGGUGCUGGUGUCUGUAUGCAGUACCAGCUGUCUUCCAGGGUCCAGGAAGGCUGUCCGUCGUGGGGAGCCUGUCUGCUGCUUUGACUGUGUACCAUGUGACAGUGGCAAAAUUAGCAAUGAGACAAAUUCAAUAGAUUGCACAUUUUGUCCUGAGGACUUCUGGUCAAACAACGACAGAACAGCCUGCAUCCCCAAGAAGGUGGAGUUCUUGGCCUAUGAUUCCGUAGGUUUAGCCCUGACAGUGAUCUCUGUGAUGGGUGCUUGCCUCACUAUAGUUGUCUUUGCAGUAUUUUUCUACCAUAGAAACACAGCCAUCGUCCGUGUGAAUAACUCUGAACUCAGCUUUUUCAUCCUGUUCGCUUUGACUCUGUGUUUCCUGUGUUCCCUGGUGUUCAUUGGAGAGCCAACAACUUGGUCCUGCAUGCUGCGCCACACUGCCUUUAGCAUCACAUUUUCACUUUGCAUCUCUUGCAUCCUGGGGAAGACCCUGGUGGUGUUGGCUGCUUUCACUGCCACCAGGCCAGGGGACAACAUCAUGAAGUGGCUGGGGCCCAAUCAGCAGAGGGCCAUUAUCUUCAGUUGCACUCUAAUUCAAGUGGUUAUCUGUGCUGCCUGGCUCAUUAAUGCUCCACCUUUUCCAUCCCGAAAUACACAAUAUGAACGCUCAAAGAUCAUACUGGAGUGCAGUGUGGGCUCCAGCCUUGCAUUCUGGUGUGUUCUGGGAUAUAUUGGUCUACAGGCCUGUCUGUGCUUUGUACUGGCUUUUCUGGCCCGUAGGUUGCCUGGCAAAUUCAAUGAGGCCAAGUUCAUCACUUUUAGCAUUCUGAUCUUCUGUGCUGUGUGGCUAGCAUUUAUCCCUGCUUAUAUCAGCUCUCCUGGAAUUUAUGCAGAUUCAGUGGAGUCAUUUGCCAUUCUGGCUUCUAGCUUUGGCUUGUUGUUCUGCCUGUUUGCUCCAAAAUGUUACAUUAUUUUACUGAAGCCAGAAAAGAAUACAAAACAGCACCUAAUGGGAAAAGAAAAGAAGUAA